AUGGCUGCCGUAACUCCGAUGGUCAAUCUCGACCCGCAAACCCAUCCUAUUGACGAUGGAAAUAUGGGUAUCCGGAACCUGCGAGAUCAAGUCAAUUCAAUACAAAAUUUGCCGAGAACGGGGUAUCCUAUUGUAUUAGUCCCCGGGUUUAGUGGAUGGGGCCGGCCUCUUCUGGGAACAGUAAACUAUUUCGGCGGUUUCGAAGACUUGGCAUUAGGCUUAUCAACGAUGGGCUAUGUCGUGAUCGUUGUUCGCAUCGGCCCAAUUUCGUCAAACAGGGACCGAGCUUCUCUACAACAUAAACAGGAAUGGUCCUGGGUAAAGUCUCACUAUACCAUCAGAUGUCGUAGAAGUCUUUGGGCUAACUCGGGUAGUGGAUUUGACCUGCCAGGAGCACCUGCAACCUUGAUUCCUGUUCAGUUCGGGCUCAACCAUCCAGCCUUCAAUCCAGCAAAUCCCGCAUUGCUCAACAACGCUCAGACGUGGCAAGCAGUCGUCUAUAACCCUCCCGCUGCAGCAGCUCAUCUCCCACCAACCUGGACAUGGAGUGCUACUAAUAAGGUCCAUUUCAUAUGCCAUUCGCAAGGUGGAACAACCAUCAGGUACUUGAUCGAGCUCCUGCGUGGACUAAAUGGCGACUUCGUCGCCAUCAAUGCUGGCAACCGUCAGGACUGGGUUAAGUCCGUCGUCACCCUAGGCACCCCCCACAAGGGCACAACGGUGACAGACGUAGUACAAUACUGUUACAGACGUCAAUAUCUGACCUUAGAACGGAAUGUUCUCUUGCCCAACCUGAGCCCCCUCCAGGACUUUGUUACCUCUUGCUCGUUUGAAAGCCGACCAAACAGGGUUUACGAUCUGCACCUGGACCAUUGGGGUUUCUCACGGAACCCAGGAGAGUUCUACAGCCAGAUGCGUGCCAGAAUUGCCGGCGAUGUAACGCUCUGGUGGAAUGGUGGCAACCAUGGCUUAGAGGACAACAGUCUUCAAGGUGCAGCCGCUCUCAACGCAUAUGCCCCUUCGCCAGCUACCUACUACUUCACCAUGUCUUUCUGUGCGACAGUGCCAUUCCCAAACGAAACCCUCACUACUACGGAGGUAAACGGCCUACUCGCUUUGCUUCCAAUCGUGCGAACUUUCAAUAUUGGCGGAAUAUUCGGCGGAAUCUUGGCGCCGACUCUAAGAACGGCCAUCCGGUUCGGAGCGCCAGGAGCCAGGGAAUUUCUGACGUGGAUGACAAAUGUCGCAAACAACUACCUUGGGAAUUUGGGAUAUUUUGCUCAAAUUCCCCCGCCUGGCUUACAGAUACCUCGGUCGGACGUGCUCCCACUACUAUCAUUUCCUGCCUACGCCAUGGGGGGGUUAAAUACCCCUCCUCCUGGCAUCUUAGGAAUGACGGCGGACCAACUUCAGCCAAAUGAUGGCAUUGUGAAUACCAUAUCGAUGGACGGUCCAGUUGCGGGUCCUAUUAGCGAUGGGACGAAUUUUGCAACUCAGCUUCAGAUUGCGAUAGGGGCUGGGGAUAUGCAGCUCGUUCGCGGGCAAUACUGGCAUCUGCAUUCGAACUCGACGAUCGACCAUGCUGAUCAGAUCUGUGUAUUUACGAAUCCUGCUACGGUGAGCUUUUACCCCUUAUAA